AAUUGUUUUGUACUGCUCGCCAGCCGUCAGUCUGUCAGUGGGUGAAUAAUUCGUAAUACAUUAGAAACCUCAGUGAAUUGAAAUUAUUCGUACCUAAUUUUUAAUUGUAUUGUCGAAAUUGGAGGUUCAGGAAGUACAAUAUGGACCAGAACCAACAGGCCUUUAUGAAGCAAGAGGCUGGUCCUGAUUCAUAUGAAAAUGGUGGUUAUCCACCUGGAAAUAAUCAAGGAUAUGGAGAAGAUAUAAAACCACAAGGUGGCAAUGAAGACAGGCGUGAUCGUAAGAGGAGAGACAGGUCACGUGAUAGAGAUCAUGACCGGAGACGCAGCAGAGAUCGGGAUCGUGAUAGAGAUAGGAAAAGAAGAAGCAAAAGCAGAGAAAAACGUCGAAGGCGAUCGAGGUCAAGAGAGAAUAGAAAGCGACGCAGUCGAUCUCGAAGCAAGGAAAAACCAACUACAGCUACAAAGAAAAAGAAACAAUACAAAUAUUGGGACGUGGCACCAUCUGGGUUUGAACACCUCACCCCACUUCAAUACAAGGCCAUGCAAGCAGCUGGACAGAUCCCUCUUAUGGCUACAACUCCAAGUCUUGGCACCGGGACACCUACGGGUCCAGCGGCACCUCUACCGGGGACACAGAUGACUCGUCAGGUUUGUCCUUUCUACUUGUUCCAAGCUCGGAGAUUAUAUGUGGGUAACAUACCUUUUGGGGUGACAGAGGAUGCCAUGAUGGAUUUUUUCAAUCAACAAAUGAAAAUGUCUGGUCUUGCACAAGCGCCCGGAAACCCUGUAUUAGCUGUUCAGAUAAACCUUGACAAAAAUUUUGCUUUUCUAGAGUUCAGAUCUGUGGAUGAAACUACACAGGCUCUUGCUUUUGAUGGUAUAAAUUUCAUGGGUCAAUCAUUGAAAAUUCGACGACCAAGUGACUACAAACCACUGCCAGGAUCUUCAGAAACACCUUCUGUUCAUCUGCCAGGUGUUGUUUCAACUGUCGUACAAGAUUCUCUACAUAAGGUAUUUGUUGGUGGUCUACCAAAUUACUUGAAUGAAGACCAAGUAAAAGAGUUGUUGACUUCAUUUGGUCCGCUUCGGGCUUUUAAUCUUGUGAAAGACAGUGCUACGGCUUUAUCAAAAGGAUAUGCAUUCUGUGAAUAUGUGGAUGCUACAAUCACCGAUCAAGCCAUUGCUGGAUUGAAUGGAAUGCAACUGGGUGAAAAGAAACUCAUUGUACAAAGAGCAAGUGUUGGAGCCAAGACUGGAUUAAUGAACAUGCUGUCAACACCAGUUACUCUACAGGUACCUGGUCUUGUAACAGCUGCGCAACAAGGACCGGUCACAGAAGUUAUAUGUCUUCUCAAUAUGGUGACACCAGAAGAAUUACAAGAUGAAGAAGAGUACGAAGAUAUCAUGGAAGAUGUGAAGGAUGAAUGCAACAAACUUGGAAAGGUGAAAAGCUUGGAGAUACCACGACCAGUUCCUGGUACGGAUGUGCCUGGAGUUGGCAAAAUCUUUGUGGAGUUUAUGGACACAAGUGAUUCUCAGAAUGCCUGCAAUGCUCUCUCUGGAAGAAAAUUUGCCAACAGGGUGGUUGUCACAUCUUACUAUGAUCCAGACCGCUAUCAUAGACGUGAAUUUGACUAAAGGAGUGGAAGAUUGCCUAGCAGGAUGCUUUCAAUUCACAUUUUGUACAAAUCUGCUGAACUUGUCCAAAGACAUCAAUCUGAAACGCGCUUAUGCGUCAAAAAAUACUUUUUGUAGUUUGUUUUCAAGUCUUUGUCAAAGUAGCACAUUCUGGCAUACUCAAGGAUAGUGAGAUGACUGUCCUAAGCUGAAUUCUGAUAUGGAAAUGGAAUAUAGUGCUUUUUGUUUUUAUGUCAUGUCAAUAAAUUUUGAAUUGGAUAAGAG